AUGGCAGCGAUGAAGUUCAUUGUUUCCCUUGUUCUGCUAGCAGUUGUGCUUCAAAGCCGAGUGAUUGAAUGUCAGGGACAAAUGACUUGCUCUGUAUCACUUAAUAACCUGAACGUGUGCGCGCCAUUCGUGGUUCCAGGGACAACCAACCCGACCCCUAGUGCGGACUGUUGUUCUGCACUCCAGUCAGUGGACCAUGAAUGCCUCUGCAACACUCUCCGUAUCUCUGCCCGCCUUCCAGCUCAAUGCAACCUUCCUCCCCUCUCUUGUGCUGGUCAGUAUCACAAACUGAGUUGUAUGUUGACGACGCCAACAACCACAGCUAUUAGGCGAAUAAUGUGCAGAGUUAUAUGGCAAUAA